GUAAAAUACUGUAGUUAUUAUAACAUGAAAUGUCUAUACGUAUACUCAAUUAUUAAGAUGUAAUUUUCUAAUGGAAUACAGACCGAUAUUAUCGUUCGUACUACAUGUACGUUGAAAUUAACUUUCACGAUGUAUUUAUUAAAUACAGACGCAUAGAGACCUUUUAAUAAAAUUAACAUUAAUAUUUAAUUUUUCACAAUGCUCUUAUUUGCAUUGUGUUAUUGCAAAAUAAUAAAACGAUUAUCACGUAGUUGCAAUUUCUAAAUUGAUAUCAUUUCUUGAUUGCACUAGUCUUAUCAUUGCAACAUCGGUGCAAUAUCGAUGUUAUCGUUGCAUUUAAUACAGCAUUGCGAUCGUACCCAAUUAUAUUUUUAUGAACUUGAACUUUUCACGUUAUUAGUACAACGCGUUUAAAUAUUUAAUGUCCUUCUGCGUGAAUUAUCCACUGCAAAAUUGAUCGUCUUCAGUUGCAGGAAUUCAGUCAUGUUCUUAGUCUUUCGCGACGUUCCACACAACCACUUUCUACAAGUCUUGCGACCAAAAUGCAACUCAUCGUUUAUUUAAAUAUCAUCUUGUUGUACAUUUGUUUACCAACGGUGCAAAUUAGUAGUGAUAUGCAAGACAUUAUUUCGUUGAUCAAGCAAGUUCGUAGGCAUUAUUCGGCCUCCUCCGUCUUCGUGUUGUUUCCGAGCAGCAAUGAAACAGUUUUUGAUGGUACGCUUUUCGUAUAAUAUUUAUUUCACGAUUCUCAGACAUCAUUAUAAUAAUAAUUUCAACUGACACAAUCAUGAUUAAAAGACCUAACAUUUUUUUCGAAUAUGUGAUAUCCUUUUUCGUGUUUAUUAGAUAUGGUAGUAUCAUACUCAGUACACGCAUGGAUUCGUGCGCUCCACAGCGAGCAGCUUACUACUCUGAGCAUAGCGAUCGCAGAUAUGAAAUUGCUGGAAAAUUUUUAUUACAACGUCUCCCGUCCGAUGGUCAUCAUCUUCUUCUUCGAAUUAUCGGCGCUUCGUAAAUUUUCGCACAACUCGAAAUUCUUAAAAAUGUCCGCUUUCGCGUGGUUAGUUAUAUUCCAAACUAUGAUAAUAAAAAGUAGCAAUGAUUACUGCCACAACCCUCGAGGAAACAUUUUUCAUCUGGCUUUCGAUACAGAAAUGUUAGUGGUAUGUAAGGGAGAUAACGCGCUUUACGAGUGGUAUUCCAUCGAUGGAAAUACCACGGAAACUUUCAGACUGGCCAAUUGGACCACCAACAAAGAAGAUCCGACGUUGUCCACUAUGCACCUGCUUACCAAUUUAAGCUUGUACGACAGAAGAAAUGAUUUGAAAGGGACAGUUCUCAAGGGUGUUCUUGUCAAGAAUUCGUUACUGUACAAACCAAGUCAGAAUAAAACGGAAGGAUAUUUUUCCACGAUGAUCGUCGAGCUUCAAAACUCUUUGAAUUUCACGAUAGAGAUCGUAGCCAAAUUAUCAGAAUUUGGAAGUUAUAAUACAACGACGGAACGCUGGGGAGGAGCGAUGCAUUACGUCGCAACAGGGAUCGUAGACAUCGGGGUGGCCGAUUUUUCGAUGACCAACAACAGACUGAAUUACGUGGAUUACCUGGUUCCUAUUAUAACAAUUAGAACCUGUAUGUAUUUCAAACAACCGGAUGCACUUGGGGUGAAAUGGUUCGCCUACUUCAAAGCUUUCAAUUUCAACAUUUGGAAGUCUUUAUUUGUGGUGUUCAUGAUUUCUGUCUUUACGGUGGCGUUUAUAAAGUCGCAGGUCCACUUGAAGAAUUUCAUGGGUCUAGUGUGCGACGAGUUUCUUCUGAUUUUGGGUGUCAUAUGCCAGCAAGGACUUAUAGAAUUUCCACGGCAUUCUUCGCUGCGAGUCGCAUAUUCCACCAUACUGCUAUCCGCCAUCGUGAUAAUGUCCGCCUAUUCGGCGUCUCUGAUCUGCUUCUUAACAGCCCGCGUUCGCUACACGCCAUUUCGCACGAUCACAGAGUUCCUCGAUGACGAAACUUAUCGUAUAAUUGUCCUGAAAGGCUCUGCGGAAUACGACACGUUUUUCCUCUCGAAAGAUCCGAUAGCGACCAGAAUCAAGAAUAUCAUACUACCCAUCGAUGAUCUGCCAAUCGACAUAGAAAGCGGAUUCAAGAGAGUAUGUUUUUACGCUUCUUCGAAUAUAAUUUCCAAUAAGAACUAUUUUACCUGUUCACAGAUUUGUGAGGAUCCUAAGUUGGCGUUCUACACUAACUACAGUCCACAAUUGGAGAAAUUUGCGACCAUUGUACAGAUUCCGUGUCAAGUCACUUGUCUCGCUUUCGGUCGUGUGAACAGUUUGUCUUUGAUCCUUCCGAAAGGUAGUCAGUACACCAUGGCCCUGAAUUUCCAUUUGCAUAAAUUAAUAAACAGCGGUAUAUUGAAUCGAUACAAGCCCGGCAUGAGUUAUGAGGAACAAAACAACUUUGAGCCUGUUGAAUUCGGUAGCAUCGCAUCAGUGCUACUAAUUUUGGGGGGCGGUGUUGUUCUAGCGUUUUUAGUAUUACUUGUAGAGGUUUAUUACAACAAGCGGAAAGCAAUCAACAAUUUUGUGAGCCGUACUCGUUAAAGCUGCUUUCUACGGUGAUUAAUCUUGAUAUCCUCUUUAGGGAUUAUUCUGUCUGAAAGUUAAAGACUGAAAUCUUCUUACCUUUGUAACCAUACUUGCAACCGAAGAAAGCCACCAUAAGAAAAGUAUGUCUACGUGUCCACUGUUUGUUGAAUUUAUCACACAUAUCCUUGAAGAAGAUAAAUGUCGACACAAGUCUUUACAACCAAGUCCACAUAUGUUGUAUCUUUGAUAAACGAAAACAAAAAAAUUGUCAAAAGCAUAAUUCGAAAUAAACUGAGAAAUCAGAAACCUUGAUGAUCUAUCACCACUAUUACGGCAAUCAACGCGUUAAAAUAGUAGCUGUAUUUUCCACCAUCAAUUUACCAGCACAUUGGAGAACUGUUUGACGUUGCGAAUUUAUUGGGCGAUAGCGAUCGGUCAAUCACAA